AUCAGUAUCUCUUCUCUCAGUCCCGAGCUACCUGCAGCAGAGAACCAUGAGGCUGAUUGUGGUUCUGGCUGUGACGCUGGCCAUGGCGGCUGCCGCUGAGGACAAGGAGGACCACGACACCGUUCCAUCGUCAGUCAGUGGGGACCAGGAUACAGAGGCCAACCGAUACUAUUCACAGGGAGCAGGCUUCGGACGUGGUUCUGGCCAGUACGGCAGUCGUCGUGGUUACUAUGGCAACGGUCGGGGCAGCCGAGGCUACGGACGCAGUAUGAACGGAUACAACGACUAUGGCUUCGGUAACGGCGCCUACCGCGGCUACGGAAACCGUGGAAUGUACGGCGGCUACGACCGGUCUCCCUACGGCUACGGCAGUCGCGGCUACGGCAGCCGCGGCUACGGCGGGUUCGGCAGGCGCGGUGGAGCCUACGGCGGCUACGGCGGCUACGGUCGGCAGUACGGCGGGAUGGGUGCGUUCGGGGGACGUGCUGGGGCGUACGGCGACGGCUACAGUGGUGGAUACUAUUGAAAUACGCAUGCUGCGAUUUCUUGAAUGUUUUGGCUCUUCUGACUACUGACCGUGUCACAAUGGAAUCACACGCUGAUGGAUAUGCUUGAAAUUUAUUUUUUUACCUCUGUUGGGUCAUUUGGGCAAAAGCGUCCUGCGACUAUCGCGAGGUGUAGAAUGAUGCGCCAUUUGUGUGUAUCUUGGUGUCUAUCGCUAACUGUGUUUCUCACACCGUAUGAAUAUAUGCUGUGACAAACUUAUAUAAUAAGAAUUUCAUACGACUAUCAAGCAUCUGCGAAUGAUAUACCCCGUUUCCAAGGGCAUCAGUUCCUGAGUGACCAUGCAGUGCCCCGUGAGAGACUAGGCUCAAGGCUCAGGCUGCCCAAUGCCCAUGGUAACACCAGUAGCUAAUCCGUAGCUGGUG